AUGUCUCAACAAUCAACUGUUAAUACUUUAAGGCCUGUUUACAAUUUGAUUGAAUUAGAAUUAGACGAUUAUGAAGAAAAUGAGCUAGUUCUUAAUACUAUUCACGAUCUAAAAUUAUUUUUUGAAAAUCCUAAUAAUUGUACUUGCCGUCGAACUCCAAAACAAAAAGAUCUUAGAACUUGUUUUGAAAAAGUAGGGUUUAAACGUUUUUUUGAAAGACAUUUUGAAUUAAAAGCUUUAGAAGAACACGAACUUGAACUUUUUAUAAAAUCACAGUUAAUGUCAUUUGAAAUGACAUAUUUAAAAUUAUGUGGAAUUAACGAUUACUUACUUUCUACUUUACAAAAUCAUUUACAAAUAAAUGGAUUAACCGAACGUGUUCAUGGAAAUACUGACGAUUCUGGCGUUUUUAUUUAUCUUCCAACUAGUCAAACUUAUACUUCAGUUUAUAAUAAAUAUAAAAAAAAUUUUUAUCUUAUACAUGAUCAACCCGAAAAAAUAAUUUCUUAUUCUACCUUUAAAAAAUUAUGGUACGAGAUGGUUCCUAACCUUCGUUUUCAACCACCUGCAAGCGAUCUUUGUGAAAUUUGCACUUCUUUUAAAGCCAAAUUAUUAGCUGCAAAAAAAGAUAUCGACGAAUAUAAUAAAGUUCAAGUUGAGUAUAACAAACAUAAGGAAGCUGCAGAUCUUGAAAGACAACAUUAUAAUAAUAACAUUGAAGAAA